AUGCGCAAGACCAGAUAUCUGCCGGCGUCGCGGCAGAUUCUCGUCAAUUUGCUCGUGGCCCCGGACUUGGUUGCGCAGGAAGAAGCCAUCAAGAUAAACGCCGACCGAGCGAACAUGUUUGCAGACAUCCCGACGAAGGAGGUGCAGCUCGACUCCGUGCCGGCGUUGUUUCUGAAGACUGGAGCUGUUUCUGAAGGCUGUUUUUUCAGCCUCCCCCCAAGAGCGGCGGCGUCAGGCACUACGGCGACGACAGCGUGGGCGAGCGAAGGAGAGGAAGGCCCAUUGCGGAGCUGGGAGCGCGGGAGCUGCGUCCCCCUAGUGAUGUGA